AGACCGACUAUGGCGGAGGUUGUGAAAGACGGCGUCUGGGAACAGGCGUUAUCGCGUAAACGAGUGGCAAAACAAAGGAAAAAUCAAAAUCGCUUUGUGGGACAGCGGGGCAAAGCCGAAGCCCUGCAGCAAGGGAAAUUCAGAGCAGCGGAGCUGACGAUACCUUUGUUUAUAUCUAAUGUUCACAAGGAUACUUUGGAGGAUGACAUCGUUGAACACAUUAGAGCGAAAACAAAUACUACAAUCAAGUUAUUGAAGAUUAACAUGCAAGACAAACAAAAGAGCCAUAAUGCCUACAAAUUAUACGUGCCGAACGAUAAAAUGAGAAUAUUUCUAGACGCCAAGACUUGGCCUGAAGGCAUUAUAUUUCGUCGUUUUGUGCAUUUCAAGCACAGAAAUAUAAACAGAGGCAACUCUGAGGGAGCUAACACUGUGACGUAAUAUUAAUGGGAAAUAGUAGAACAUGUACAUUUAUAAGUUUUAAUUGUAAGAGCGUAAAAAGAUCGGUAGAUAGCAUACGUGAAUUAUGUGCCUUUGCGGAUAUCAUCGGAAUCCAGGAGACGUGGCUGCUCCCAAAUGACAUACCGUUUCUUUCCACUAUACAUGAGGACUUCGCGUAUACAGCUACAUCGGCAGUUGACACCUCAGCGGGGAUGCUCAGAGGAAGACCCCACGGCGGCGUCGCGUUGCUAUGGAGAAAGAGUCUGUUUCCAUCGGCGAGUGUAGUGGCGUGUAACAACAACAGGAUUUGUGGUAUUCAAAUUAAUGUAGGCUCUAAGCGCGUUGUGAUAUUCAGUGUGUAUAUGCCAACCGAUUCCGCUGAAAAUUUGCCAAUCUUUGUGGAGUGUGUGAGUACUUUACAUGCUAUUAUUGAGGACAGCGAAGUAGAAGCCGCUUAUGUAUUAGGGGAUUUCAAUGCCCACCCUAAUGAACCCUUUCACAAUGAACUUAUGAGUUUGUGUGAGGACAGUCAGUGGAUUUGUGCAGACCAAGAAAUGCUUGGGCUCGACACCGGUACUUAUACAUAUGUGAGUGAUAGUCAUGGAUGUGAGCGUUGGCUGGACCACUGUGUUGUGACCCAGGCGGCCUGGUCUACUAUUUCUAAAAUAUAUGUAAUGCAUAAUGUUUACUGGUCUGACCAUUUUCCGCUAGUCAUUGAAUGUAACUUGGAUGUGACCCAUUCAAAAAUAUAUAAUUGUAAUGUUGACAGGUCAAAAGUUUUCUGGGGUGACAAACAACCUAGUGAUAUUAUUAAAUAUGAAUGUAAAUGUAAUGAUUUGCUAAAAGGUAUUGACUUUCCUACACAGCUCAGUGAAUGUGCAGAUAGCUGUUGUUAUGUCAGUAAUGACAACCUGCAUAGGGAAGUUAUUAAUAAGUUGUAUAGUGACAUCAUUUGUGCCCUUAGUUCGGCCUCGGUGUUAUGUACAAGUGACUCGCAAAAUAGGAAAAAUAAACACAUUAUGGGUUGGAAUAAACAUGUGGGUGAGGCUCACAGAGAGGCCAGGCUUAGAUUUCAGACCUGGGUGGCUAGUGGAAAACCCCGUUCUGGCCAAUUAUACGAGUCCAUGUGUGUAAGUCGCAAAGUUUUUAAAGCUAGAUUAAAGUGGUGCCAGCAACACCAGGACCAAAUUAAAUUGGACCGGUUGGCUUCUUAUCAUGGUAAAAAUGAUUUUCGCAAUUUUUGGAAGAGUACUAACAGAUUAAAUUAUAGGCCAGGGCUCUCUGUGAGUAUUGAAAAUGAUCCUGUAAAAAUAGCUAACUUGUUUAUGAAUCAUUUUUCUGUCAAGUCUCCCCUUAGUGCAGAACCCAGAAGGGAGGUGGCAUGGUCAGCUGGGUCCGAGUGUACUACCAAAAUUACAGCAAAUCUAGUAAGUAAAAUAAUUAAAAAUAUGAGGAGGGGCAAGUCCCCUGGGCAUGACGGGCUGAGCAUUGAGCAUCUGCAACAUGCCGGGCCACACCUGCCCAGGGUUCUUGCCAUGCUCUUCUCACUUUGUAUUAGCCAUGCUUACCUGCCACCCGAUAUGAUUCGCACUAUGGUUGUUCCUAUUGUAAAAAAUAAGACAGGAGACAUAGCGAAGCUGGCCAAUUAUAGGCCAAUUUCUCUGGCAACUGUAGUAGCUAAGGUGUUCGACGCGGUGCUUGAUGCUGAGUUAGAUAGAUAUAUACGAAUCAGUGAUGCGCAGUUUGGGUUUCGACCUAAACUAUCUACUGAGAGCGCGAUACUGGGCCUCAAGCACACCGUCGAAUACUAUACACAGCGGAAGACUCCUAUAUAUGCAUGUUUCCUGGAUCUAUCCAAGGCGUUCGAUCUGGUUAAUUAUGAGCUCUUGUGGGCCAAGUUAGAAAAGGCGGGGGUCCCUAUGGAUAUUGUGCAUAUACUUAGGAGUUGGUACUUGUGUCAAGUUAAUGUUGUCAGAUGGGGUAAAGAAGUGUCAGAGGAAUACAGGUUGGAGUGCGGAGUGAGACAGGGUGGGAGAACGUCUCCUAAGCUCUUCAACCUGUACAUUAAUGCUCUCAUCGAGGAGCUCAGCAGCAUACAUGUCGGCUGCCAUAUUAGCGGAGUAUGUAUGAAUAAUAUUAGCUAUGCUGACGACAUGGUGCUGUUGAGUCCCUCGCCGGGAGGACUUGAAAUACUGCUGAAGGUGUGUGAGAACUUGUGGGCUAAUUAUUCGCAAAGAUCGAUCAGCGCCCUUCGGGUACAGUUCAACAACGCCUUCAGGGUGCUGUUGCGUCUGCCUCGCUUCUGCAGCGCGUCAGGCAUGUUCGCGGACGCGCAGUUGCAGAAAAAAAGACGAAGAUAUUUGGAUUUGAUAUCUACAGUACCCACAUAUAAAGGUGGACUGCCUGUGAUUGGGCACCUAUACAAGCUAAGCGGGGGAAGUGAACGAUUAUGGGAAUAUUCCAAAGAACUUAGCGUAGCCGCUGAACAAGCUGGAGGAAUCAUUACUCUAUGGUUCGGACCUAGGGCCAUAUUCUGUAUCAACGACCCAGAUGACGCUUUCACCGUGCUCAACUCGUGUUUAAAAAAGAGUUACCUUAUAAAAAUAGCUUUCGGCUGGUUCGGCGACGGACUGCUUACUUCCGAUGUGGCCACAUGGAAGAACAAUCGCAAGCUGCUGAACCCGACGUUCAGCCAGCACGUGCUGGACGGGUUCCUAUCCAUCUUCAACCGGCAGGCCACGCUGCUGGCUCUGGAAAUGGAACAGUCGGCUGGAAGAGGCCUGUUUGAUCCUACUAAUUACUUCCAAGAAGUUACCCUCGAGACUGUUUGCCAAACCGUUUUUGGCAUUUAUCUGGACGACCGAUCAGUCAUCGACAGGGAAUACAAGAAGGCACUUGCUGUCGCACUGGACGGCUCCGCUCAGCGGCUGGGCAGAUUCUGGCUCCAUUCUGACUUCCUCUACCAGUUCUCUGCGCUUCGAAAAACUAUGGACGACGCGGUGGCUGUUGUUCACAAAAUGUCUAGAAGUGUAUUAAACAAGAGAAGAGCAGAAAGACAGAAAGCGAAAGCAGCCAAUACGUCUUCCCGCCGCUUCAUAGCGUUCCUGGACCUGUUGUUAGACCUGUCAGACGACGGGUCGUUCUCAGAUGACCAGAUCCUGAAUGAGCUGAACAUCUUCAUAGCGGCCGGCUAUGACACCUCGUCUCGUGCCCUCGUGUCCAUCAUGGUGCUGCUGGGGACUCAUCAGGAUGUGCAAGAGAAAUUAUAUAAGGAGGUGAUAUCCGUCCUAGGCCCUAGUUCGUACUUGGACAAGGAAGACAUAGCGAGACUUGUUUACACGGAGGCAGUUAUCAAGGAGGUGCUUCGCCUCAGCCCAGUGGUACCUUUCGUAGCACGGGAGGUCGACAAGGACAUCAAACUCAAGAACUACACGCUCCCAGCUGGUAGCGGCUGCGUGUUGUUGUUCUGGGGUAUCCACCGGCUCCCGAUCUGGGGCCCAGACCGCCAGCAGUUCAGGCCCGAGCGGUGGCUGGACCCUUCGACCCUGCCCCGGAGUCCUGGCGCCUUCUGUGGCUUCAGCCUCGGGAAAAGGAACUGCAUAGGAAAACCCUAUGCAGUUAUGGCUGUAAAGACCAUGGUGGUGCACUUGGUACGUAAAUAUCGGAUCUCGGCCGACCACAGCAAAGUGAAACUGGAGUAUGACGUGCUACUCAAAUAUGCAGAAGGACAACACAUAACGUUACAACUGAGGGAAGAGAGAAAGGAAGGCAAGGAAGGAAGGAGAGGAGGAAGUUAA